UAAUCUACUACUGAAACGAUCUUUUAAAAAUUAAAAAAAAGCUUAUUUUCAUUUAUUUUACACUAAAUGUGAUUUAAUUUAAUGCAUAAUGUGUCCAAAAUCAAAUCAUUUGGCAAAUUGUACAUAGCCUUUUUUUUUUCAAGUACGUGUACCUGAAUAUAAAAUAUUAAACAUUUAGUACGAAUUAAAGCAGUGUUGGAGUGGGUGUAAGGACGUGUUGAGGAUCCCGACAUAAUCUGACUCGAUUCAGGGGACCAGCAGUCAGCAGUAAUGUGUAUAUGAUGUGAUGGAUUUGCAUCUUUUUUUAUUUUUAUUUUUAUUUUUUUAAGAAGUAACCGUGCAUUUUUAUUGUGUUUUGGAGAAGAAUCCUGAGGAAGAAAACAAAGCCAGUCAUUAGAUGUAUUUAACUUUGAAGUUUUGAAUGUAAAGACAAAAGAAUAAUUUGACCCGGCAAAAAAUGGCACCUUAGAUCACCCCUUUUUUUCCAUUAGAAGAUGAUUAAAACUCUUCUCAUCUGCUUUCUAGACAAAUGCUUAAACUGACCAACACAUAAUAUUUAAACUUGAGGUUUGUACACAAACUGGUGUAAUUUUUUUUUCAAGAAAUUUAAGAAAUUCGACACAUUUCCGCUUGUUAAGAUGUUAAUUUUAGUUAUGUUACAUUUGCAGUAUUUGGCCGAAUUCUUUUUUGCAGAGUGACUUACAGUUAUAUCAGGUUUAUAGCUGAGGGAUUGAGGGCCUUGCUCUGGGGCCCAGCAGUGGCAGAUUGAUGGUGCUGCGGUUUGAGCCCAUGACCUUCUGAUCAGUAGUCCAACAUCUUAUCUUCUAAGCUACCACUUUCCGAUUUCUACUUGUAGGUUUGAACACAUUUUAUGAAAAAUUAUCCAAUAUUACAGACCACCAUUUUUUUUUUUGGAGGGGUGACCAUGCUCUUGUUUUUUAAUUUUUUAUUAAUAGAGAAGACUUUCUUUCCCCUAAUGCCCACCUUCAUCAGAUUUGGAUUUAGCUUAUUGUGGUCUAAAAGAACAUUGUAUUUUCUGCUUAGUUAAUGCUUUUAGGUUUGAUCAUUCAAAUAGUUAAGUGAGUUCCCUGACAGGAAACCACAAAGAAAGAAAAUCAGUGGGCUUUGAAGCAUUGAUGACCUGCGUAGUUUUUGAUUGUUGCAUACAGAGCACUUUAGAUAUACGUACCACACAAAAGGAAAGUAACGCCUUUAUUUCCGUUUAUAAAAAACAGCUACAAUUGUGAAACCAAACUAGUUGAAACAAAAGAAUGGAGGGACAUGAUAGCAGGCGCGAUGUGACCUUCACAGGUAGUUUCUUCUCUCUUCUUAUCUAUUUGUACCUGCGGGUUUUGUUCUUUAAACCUUUUUCUUUUUUUACUUUUCUGAAUGUAAUGGUUCAUUCAUUUGUUGAUGAUGAUAUAUGUUGAACUGAGAAACUUCAUCAACUUUAGCUUGUUUACCUGUCCCACAUCUGUCUGACUGUCUGUCUGUCUGUCUGUCUGUCUGUCUGUCUGUAAAAGAUUGUUGUUUGUUUGGCAGUUACAUAGCAAAAUACCCAAGUUUGGAUUUGUGCCAUUAUUUAUUUAAUCAUUCUCUUUACACAGAAGCAGUAUUAACAUUCCUAUUUUGCAUAGUUUACAAAUUAAGCAUGUCACAAUAUUGAUUUUGACAUGAAUUCACAUUUACAUAUAUGGCAUUUGGUGGAUUCCCUUUUAAUCCUUCAAUAAACACGUUCUCAUACUGGUUCAUUAGGACAAAGAAAAUAUUUUGAAAGCGUAAUCCUUCAUUAUAAAUUGCUAAUUAAGAACCUCUGGAGAUGCAGGUCUUUAGGCAUUGUUUAGGCCUCAGUUGUUUUGUUUGAAGUUCGUUCCAUCGUCUCGGUUCUAGAACAGAGAAGAGUCUGGAAUCAUGUCCUUUUGCUUGUGAGUUUCAGGGACCAGUCGAGCAGUGGUUGAGGACUGGAGGGAGCGUGGGGCAGUUUGGGGUGGGAGACGUGAACCUAGGAAGGAAGAAAGCAAGUCUUGCAGCUGUACAUUUGUCUGUAAAACCAUGUGUAAAGAUUUGGGAACACUUAUGAAUGUGGCAUGUAAUGCAAUGUGCUACACAUCUGUGGAUGUUUCUUUACUCUUUUUCUAAAAAUUAUUGCGCAUUAUGUUUACACACGUUUGCACUUUUUUAUGUGACAACAAAUCUGAAUUAUUUGAGAUUAAGCUUGGAAGACAAUUUGACAUUUGCACAAGUAUAGAAUUCCAGACAGGACAUUUAAUUAUAUUACACAACUAUAAUACCUUAGAGAAUUUACUGUAUUAACGCAAUUCUGAGUUCUGCCGGCGAUGACUUUACCAACAGACAUGCAAUCCUUUAAAAAGCACAGUAAAUAUUCUGAGAUGCUUGAAAUAUUCUAGGCCAAAUAAAAACAAAUAUUUUAGAAUUAGCUUUGAAUUUUACUGAAUCUUACAUUGUGAAUGUACAUUAGGCUAUAGAUAUCCCAGUUGCUAGUUACUGUGAUUAAUAUUUACAUCAUUUAUAAUGUAAUGCAUGUUUACAGUAAACACGUGAAUGAUAGAAUUAAACGAUACGUCCUGGUGAUGAUGUGAUCUUGGUUGAAUUAGGUAAAUGGUUUGUUAUAUUUUACUAUUUAGUACAACGUUGUAAUCACCAAAGCAAUAUAGUCAACUCUUCUAAUAUAGCAUAAUCUGCCAGAAUUGUAAAAUACAGUAUUUAAUGGUGCUUAAAGGUUGUAGAUCCCUGGCUAUAUUUUUUUGGAACAUCUUGUUGCACAUUUAGUUUCUUCUUCCUUUGUUUUUCUACUAGAUUCUGCUUUGAGCUUGUAAAGACUUGUGCUCAUUCCACAAAAGCCUUAAUAAAAGUCUUUAGUGGGGUUGACGUCAGGGUGUUGUGCUGUCAUUCAGAAACAGGUCUUGUCCUCUUAGUUCCAUUGAACUAAAGAAAAUCGUAACUAUACAGCAUACAAAGACAUCCUAGUCAAGAUAUGCCAACGUUGAUUGGAAAAUUAAAUGUUGCAUUAUAGCAAACAUUGUAUUAAAAUUAAAGUUGACAUAAAUCCGCUAAUUGAUGAUUUAGAAAUAAAUGUAUUUAUUUAACACAAGUUUUAUUUUCAAUGUUAGAAAGUUAUGUAUUGUACAAUAAAAUCCAAUGCCUAAUACAGAUAUUCAGUGACCUCUAAUAAAAGAAAUGAAGCGUGUCCUCGUUUUCCGAAAUGGAUUUUUUUCAUCUUUUCUUUCUUUCUAUAUGGCAUGUUAGAUCAAGUCAAAUCAAAGGCCUUCCCAGGCCAGCUUUGGCCCGUGGGCCCCUUCUUUGGGCAACUUAGUCCGAAACAAUUCUGUGCUUCUUUGUGGAAACCGUUUAGCAAGAAAACCCGUGUGUGUGUGUGACGUCUACGUUUUGACAUGCAACAUGUCCUUGUUAUUUCAGUUGUAUAAACCUACAUCAAGGCAUCAAGGCAUGGAGUCAAACUAUUCAACACCAACACCUGUCUUUACAACACCGGCACACACAAGCACAACAAAAGCCUUCUUAAGGUGUGAAGAAUCAUAUGAUGAGACCUUGCUGCUUUACCUAAUCAUAGCUGUGUGUGUUUCAAUGCUUCUGAUCAUCAUGAUGGCCUUGACAUGGUUAAAAAGGUUUCAAAUGUUGAGGCGCAGCAUUAGGAGACUGCAGCAGGCUGCUGAAACGGCUGCUUUAACACAAAGCUCUGGGCCUGAACAAGUCAUUACAGUGGAACCAAACCACGUUUCAGCCUCUGAAUUUAACAUGCAGAGCAUGAAGUCAGCUAAUUCCUCAUUUAACACAGCUGAUCUCACCAUGCGUCAGCUGAUCAAAGACGGAAGAGAAGGAGAGCUGUAUAAUGCAAAAAUGGCACGUGGAGCAAUCAAAGGCCACACCAUGUUCACCUGCAAGAUCUACAAAAAGGUCACUAAACCUGAGCAGGUCAGAAAUGAGAUUAUGAUCAUGCAGAAUUUGAGCACACACAGGAACCUGCUACAGCUUGUGGACUGGAAUAUCACAGAUGUGCCCUAUAUGUUAAUUAUGGAACAUGUAGAACACGGCAGUCUACGCUCCUUCCUCAAAGCGAAUAAAGAAAAACUGCGCAGAGAAAAUGAGCUACAGCACCUCUUCACUAUUGCACUUUAUCACAUAGCACAAGCCUUGGAUCAUUUGCACUCCAAAAUGAUACUGCAUUGCAACCUGGCACUGCGGAAUAUAUUGGUGCACAGAUUUCCCCAUGAAAUAAAAGUGGCUGAGUUCGGAAUGGCCAGAGAAAUAGCGAAGGACCGGGGCCUGUCAAGAAACUGCAAGACGAAAGUCAAUAAGCGAAUUCCCUGUAGAUGGUACCCUCCAGAAUAUUUUAAAUAUGACUUCUACGGAUUUGAAGGAGACGUCUGGGCCUUUGGAAUCAUAAUCUGGGAGAUGCAAACAUUUGGCACUGUACCCUACCCCAACUUGAAAACGUCUGAGGAAGUUGUUAGUCAUGUAUGUGCUGGCCACCGAACCCAAGAGCCUGCAGGAUGCAGACCAGAAAUGCUGGAAAUGAUGAGAGACUGUUGGCAGGAGCCCUACUUAAUGAGACCUUCCUUUAUGGCUAUUGUCAAAAGUCUGGAGAACAUUCUGGAAAAUGAUCGCGACUAUGUGAAUAUGGACAGCAGCCCUGUAAUUGUACAAGUGGAGUCUAAAGAUGGGGAUAAAUUAUCAUAACUGACUUUAAUGUCAGAAAUAUAUUGUUUAUAUAUAUAAACAAUAUAUUUCUGACAUCUGUAUAAUAUACAGAUUAUAUAUCACUCAUGAUUUGUGUAAUUUUAAUGUAUACAAACAAUAUAUUUAAUAAUUUUGAGAGUUAAUAAUUAUAAUCAUGCAAAACCAUGUACAAUGACUACUAGCUUCUGAAACAAAGCUCAUGUGGCUGUUAAUAAAACCAUUAUUACUAUAUUGCUGUAU